GGCUAGAGAUGCAAGAGGAGGAAAUUCUCUAUGCUUCAGUGUUGUUCAAAAGUAAGAAACCACGGCAAUCAAGACGUAUGGAAGAGGACGAGGUUCAGUACGCAUCAGUGGUGAUUAAAAGCAAGAGGCCGCCGAGAGCUAAAAUUGAGGAAGAUGUUGUGUAUUCUGAAGUGAAGAUCCGAAAUCAAACGGCUCCGCAAACACCUAACACAAAUGUCUCUGCAGGACUUGUUUCAGACAAGAAAGCUGAAAGAAGAUAUCGCCAGUAUAAGAAGAAUCUGUGUUGCUUCGGGAGUCUAUGUUUAAUUUUGGUGUUGGCCAUUAUUGGAAUCUGUCUCUAUUUUGUAUUUCUUCAGAAGAGGGCUGAACAGGAGCUGAAACUGCUGAAAGAUGAACAGACAAUUCUACUGGGAGAAAAUGACAACUUGAAACAAGAAAAAAACAAUCUGACAAACCUUAAUAACAAGCUGAGCUCUGAUUUAAAAAAUCUGACAAACCUUAACGACAAACUGAGCUCAGAAUUUAACAACACGGUUCAGAACCUAACAAACCUUAACAACAAACUUAACAACAAGGUUCAGAACCUGACAAAACAAAAUGCAAACCUGACACAAGAACUUUAUCAAGUUAAGAAGGAAAAUCAGGAGCUGGAGACAGAGAGCAAAAACCUCACAGAACAAAUAAAAACAAUGGAGAAAACUUGGAAUGAGAAGAAUGUUAGUCGAGCUCAGUGGAGCAUUGAUAAUUACUGUCCAAGAGAAAACAACGAGAGAAAGUGUAAAUCUUGUCCAGAAGGAUGGUUGAACAAAAGUUCCAGCUGCUUUGCUAUUAAUAAUGCUGAAUCCAAGGACUGGAAAACCUGGGAAGAAGCACAGAAAGACUGCAGAGGAAAAGGUUCAGAUCUGGCUGUUGUUGGUGAUGAAGCAGAAAAGGUAAAGGCAGAGCUGCUAAACUGA